UUGUGUGGUGGGCAGAGGGCGAAGAGUUGCCGAGGAUUAGCCACAGCGCCGUGACAGGACACGACCUGGCGACGGGGUGUGGAUAAGUUGGAGUAGUCCAGGAUAAAUUGUGCGAGUUUGGACCAAUUUUGGAGCAUGUCGGCUGCGCAGACUUUUCAUUAGGGUUUUUACAUGUCCAGCGCUAGAUGGGUUCGGUCCUUUUGGUUUAGGUUUUGCAAAGGCAUCAUCCACUGGCAUUAAAAAGGUCAGGCGAACUGUUUUUUGAGCUCCCAGACGAGCGGUGCUAGGCAUGGCCGCGCCGCCGUCCUCCGCGUCCUCACAUCAGGUUCCUUCGGGGUCCACCACGAGCGCUGGAUCCAGCGGCGGAGCUACUGCUUCUUCGAAGCGGAAGCGUCGUCUCCAUGACCUCUCUACCGAUGAGGGACGGGUGAUGUAAUUCCCUGGUGGUGAACUGGAGGGGAUGUCGUAGAAAAUUGUCUCUGCUUGUUGCUAAGGAGAUACUACAUUCGACAUAUCAAUGAAAUAGUUGCUCUGAGAGGAAAGAUGUCCCAAGCUGUCGUUGGGAAAAAGUAUGGGAUUGAGCAAACUGAAGUUAGCGCCAUUCAACGAAUGCAGCGUGUCAAAAUUGCCCGCUUGGUGGAUGAUAAUGAUAAGAAGCCCAUGGUUGGAAGAAUUAAAGGGGUGGAGAUAACUGUUCCUAUCGUGUAUGGCUCCAUUUCCUUUUGGCUUGGGAAGAAGGCGGCUGAGAGCACACACAAGUGGACAACAUAUGUUCGAAGUGCUACUAAUGAAGACCUGAGUGUCUUGAUCAAGAAGGUUGUUUUCCAGCUGCAUCCCAGCUUUGAGAAACCCACUAGAACAGCAGAUGCAGCUCCGUUUGAGCUGUCGGAAUCAGGAUGGGGCGAAUUUGAAAUCGGUAUCACUAUCUAUUUUCAUCCCGAUGUUGGAGAAAAACCUAUGGAGUUGUUUCAUCAUCUGAAAUUGUAUGCUGACGAUGAAACAAUUCCGCAAACAACCAAGAAGCCUGUUGUUGUGGAGUCCUACGACGAGAUAGUUCUUUCAGAUCCCAUGGAGGCAUCAUUUGGACGCUUACGUAAUCAUCCUGCCGUUCGAGUAACAGGGAAUCCACCUUCGCAACUUGCUCUUCCAGUUGGAGAAAAUUCCUUGGAAAGAAGAGGAUGUGAUACGAAGGAUCAUGCCCUUGCGCAGUGGUUCUUGAAACAUUCCGAAACUGAGGAUAUGAACUCUCUUACAGCUGUUCGUCAACAGGUAUAUGCAGCUGCUGCAAAGUUGAAGAAAGACCUUGGUUCAUUGGAGGGUGAGAUUUUACGCAUACGAGCCACGACGCGUUAACAUGUAUAUACAAAUCUGUAACCUUGGGAUUUGAUUAAUCACUGCAGGACCUGGCAUGCACUGUACAUUGAGAUAAUCAGGUAAGACCUUGUUAUAUUUCCACUUACAGGUGUGAAAAAAUUAAAUAAUUGAACGUAUAAGAUUAGUCACUCUUAACCAUGAUGAAGUUGUUGUCGAUUCUGCAGCGUCGGUUUAGAAAUCAAAUCGUCAGUCCUUGGUCCAUCGCUCUGUUUGCUGCAUAUCAGGCUGGUCUUCAUCCCAGCUAUCCUUAAUCAGGUGUUGCUGGAGGGCAGCCGGUAAGGUGAGAAAUUUGUAUCAAGAUUAUUGACAUUAGCUUCGUUGUUGGCGUAUAUAUUUUGGGUAAGUGUUUGGAUAGUUGGCACCAAGUCAAGCUUCAAAGGGGAUGCAAGAUACGUUCUCAAAAAAAUGAAGCAUGGUAUUUUCCUCCAACAUUCAAGAUUGUUGAGAUGCUUAUUUGUUUGUAGGUUUAUUUUUUGGAGCGCUGUAACAUAAACUCUUUAAGGUUGUAGGCGGGCACCACAUCUCUUGUGAAACAAGUUUAAUAAAUUAAGGACUUUGACUCUGUACUUUCACAA